CUGGUACUAUCCUACUUUUAAUGCGAUUCUUCACAAGGACUGACAUUCUCAGACGACCAUGUCGUAUUCAUCUCAGCUAGACAGCCGCGUUGAACCUUAAAGACCUACCAUCUACCACAUACGCCCAUAAAACUCCCCUCGUAGCAAUGCGUCUUUUGCUACGUAGCAACACUGGCGAGUUUGGACUCACAAAGGACUUGGUUGGCCACGAUUCGAUCCCUCCCUAUGCCAUACUUUCGCACACAUGGGGGCCGGAUAAGGAGGAGGUUACCUUCGAGGACAUAACAAAUGGCACUGGGGAAAAAAAAGCUUGGAUACAAGAAGAUCCAGUUCUGUGAAGAACAAGCAAGACAGGAUGGCCUAAAAUACUUUUGGAUUGACACAUGUUGCACUAUACAGACUCACCACCGACGACAAA